CUCUCUCCCUCCCUCGCCCCAUCGACCACUACUAGGGAUGCCGCCUGUGCGCCUGUGGUGCGGCUCCGCUCCUCGUGCUCCGCGCGCGACUCAGAGUUCCAUCCAAACAGACGCUAUAAAGUGGAGCAGGCGUCGCGCUGGGCUCGUCACACUGUUCCGUCGACGAGAACUCGAGAAGGCUACGCAGGGACGAGCCUGACAUGGCGGAGAGCGGGAGCUCACGUCGUGGCGUGCUGCUGUUCUUGCUCGUCGGCGUGGCUGCGGCUGGAGUGGCUUCGGCCAUCCCUGACGGGCUACUGCCAAACGGUAACUUCGAGCAAGGUCCGGACAAGUCCCAGAUGAACGGGUCCAGGGUGAUUGGUCAAAACUCCAUACCCUGCUGGGAGACCUCAGGUUUCGUGGAGUACAUCGAGCCCGGGCAGCAGCAGAACGACAUGGUCCUGGUGGUGCCUGAGGGCGCACGGGCCGUUCGCCUCGGCAACGACGCGACCAUCCGGCAGCAGCUUCCAGGCCUGACCCGCAGCAUGUCCUACUCCAUCACCUUCAGCGCGGCGCGCACCUGCGCCCAGGCCGAGCAGCUCAACGUGUCCGUCGCCGCGGAGUCCGGCGUCCUCCCUGUCCAGACCGUGUACACCAGCAGCGGCUGGGACUCCUACUCCUACGCCUUCAAGGCCAGGCACACCGCCGUGUGGCUCACCAUCCACAACCCCGGCGUCGAGGAGGACCCGGCGUGCGGCCCCAUCAUCGAUUCCGUCGCCAUCAAGGCCCUCCACCCUCCCAGCCGCGUCAAGGACAAUAUGCUGAAGAACGGAGACUUUGAGGAGGGCCCGUACAUGUUCCCGGACUUGGCAUGGGGCGUGCUGGUGCCGCCGAUGGACGAGGACGACGUGUCUCCGCUGCCGGGGUGGAUGAUCAUGUCGGACACCAAGGCCGUCAAGUACCUGGACGCGGCGCACUUCGCCGUGCCGCACGGCGCGUACGCCGUGGAGCUGGUGGCCGGCACGGAGGCCGCGCUGGUGCAGGAGGUGCAGACCAAGCCCGGGCGGUCAUACAAGCUGUCCUUCUCCGUCGGGGACGCGGCCAACGGGUGCGCGAGCACGCUGCUCGUGGACGCGUACGCGGCGCGGGGCAGGCAGCCGGUCUCGUACGAGUCCCACGGCAUGGGCGGGUGCGUGCGCAGCGAGUUGGAGUUCGCAGCGGUGGCAAACCUCACCCGUGUGGUGUUCCAGAGCAUGGGCCACUACAUGAAGCCCGACGGGACGCUCUGCGGGCCGGUCGUGGACGACGUCUCCCUCGUCAGCCUGCCCAGACACGCAGCCCGCCGGUUGCUCAUGUAGGGACACAUUUUUGCUUUGCAGACUGAGGCCUGGUAGUUC